CCCUGGCCAGCCAGUGCCGGGAUUAGGCUGCUCCAGCAGUCUGGCUGACACUCUGUGCAGGAGCAGGUCCGGGGGUCCGCAGGCAGCACAGCCCAAGUGCUGCAGAGCCCUCCGGGAGGAACUCCAGAACUGAAGGGGCAACAAUCACCACUCUGAAGAUUUUUAAAUUAUGCAAGUUCAAAACAACCUUUGAAAACACCCAACUUAGGAAAAUACCGAAUUUCUGGUGGUUUUUUUGUUUUGUUUGGAAAUAUCCCCUCCUCUCCCCCUCCCUUUUUUUUUUUUUUUUUUUUUACUUUUCUUGAAAGACUGCAAGUAUUUUAGUUACUAUGCCUGCUCAGGAGCCAUAUGGAAAAAUCAGUUCUGUCCUGUUAAACUGGUUGCACAGUUUUGAUUUUCAUGUGCCUACAGAGAUCUGAAAAACCCAUGUCGUUUUAUUUUAUGUUUUUUCGGCAAAGAGGGCAAGUGGUCUGAGGAUCAUCUGGUCAAGAACACAAUAGUACUGAAGAUGUCCUGGCUCAGGUUUUAUCUGCCUCUCCACAUUCUCAUGGCAGCUUGCUUGUGCCAUUCCAUAAAAGCACCCACCAGUUCUCAACAAAGCUUCCGGACUGAUCUCUUCAAUUUCUACCACUCCCUGAUACUUGCUGAUGGUAAGGAAACUACAGUUCACCUGAUGAAGGAUAUACCCAAAAGGUACUAUUUUGUUUUGGAAGAAAGCAGAGUCCUUUCGCCGUUCACAAUAACAGUGACCCCCUGUGACGUUCCCAUCGAAUGGAGCAUCCUUGUGCACAAGGCUUCAGCAAGUUCCCUUGGAAAAGAAACACAAGGUGACCACGAUACACAGGAGGUCUCACAGUCUCAGAAGGCCUCAAGCAUCGUGUCCACCAUUUUUAACUACAAGGGAAAUUCCGUAGAGACUUACAUGGGUAUGUCUUCCCAUUCUGCCCUUUACAUGCUGGAGUUCUUAUCCACUGAGCGGGACACACACAUUACUGUGUACCUAACGACUGACACAACAUCUGGGCACCUCUACCCGGAGCUUCCAAUGGAUCCACGCAUAGAUGUUAUUGGAGUUGGGCAUACAACAGUGACUCUGACCUGGAAACACAGUCCUUCUGUCCUGCAGCACAGAGAAAGCAUCCAGUACUGCCUCCUAGUUAAUGAGAAGCACAACUACAAGAGCUUAUGUGCUGCUGAGACAGCAAUCAGAUCCUCUGGAAUGAAGCUGCCACCUACGUUGGCUUUGUCCCUGUCCCCCUACCUCCUCGAGCCGCAGCAGGUGAUGAUAUUGUCCAACAGUGAGCUGAGCAUCAUCAACAAAGUGAGCAGCGGGGAAGUCCGGCAGAUCUGCAUGGGCACCAAGAACACUUACACAGUGCCCAACCUCAGCCCCAGCACCCAGUAUUACUUUGAUGUUUUCGUUGUCAAUCUCCUUACAAACGCCAGCGCCGCUUACACUGGGACGUUCGCAAGGACCCUGGAAGAGCCUGAACCCAAGGUGACCGAGCUGAAAGAUGGCAAAGUGAUUCAGGUUGUCCUGGAUGGGAAAAAGAAAUUCUCCAGCCUGCAGUACCAGGCGAGGCACAAGAAAGUACAAUUCUCCUUUCAGUUGUGUCGUGGCCAAGUACGGGUUCACAUAACAAAGAACGGCAAAACAGUGGCCUCGGAAAACAUCUCAGGGCUGAGGUAUUUCUCUCUGAAGGGAAAGCUGCUGGACACAUAUCUGGUGCAGCUGAGGUCCACAGAGGAAUCUAACUCUUCUGUGAAAGUACAGGUGUCCCCCCAUUUCCACAAGCCUUUAUUCCCGCUUCUUCCAGAGAGCUUAAAAAUCAAGUCCUUCAGUAAACUGAGAACCUGCAACUCUGUGACCAUUGCCUGGCUGGGAACACAAGAGGAGAGCAAGUACUGCGUGUACAAGAGAAGGAUUGAGGAAGAUCAGGUCUGGAGGGAACUGCAAAACGCAGACAGGUGCUCUGGACCUGAGUCUCGGCACAAAUCAGAGAAAGUGCUGUGCAAGUAUUUCUAUGAUCUGAAUCUCCAGCGAGCUGUCACCACAGAGACCAUCAAGGGGCUGGAUGCAGGAACACUUUACUUGUUUGAUGUUUAUCUCUUUGGGCCAUCUGGCAUCCCUGUGAGAUAUCACAGCAAAGUCGUGAAGACCAGAAAAAAAUGCUGAAGGUUUUUAAGAACAGAUUUGAAGUGAAUGAAUGAAGACUUCUCGAAACCUACACCAAUCCAUGUCAUAGCCUGUGCAGUUUAAAAUACACUCAGAUAAAAUAUAAAGCCAUGAGAUUCUACAGAGAAAAAAAAAAAAUCUUAGUUGUCUAGAUCAUUACACUUACUUUUACAUCUCCUCUCCUGUGUAGGGUGAGGUUUUUCUCUUUUCCUAUCUCAUUCAGACAUCAAAAACAGACCUGUGAAACAAACC